UGCGUGCGCUCACUGUAACGGGAGAGGCUCGGUGAGUAACGGGGAUGAACUCUCGAGGAGACUGUGAGGAGUUCACGAGGAGCCUCGGACAUCAUUUACAUCACUAGAGAAAUCUGACCCCUGGAGGACGACGUCACCACAAGAGGUACAAUUAUGUUUCGCAACCAACACAUCUGCAGACAAAUGAGAGACGGCAGAGGAAUGUCCCGUUUAGUCACUUAUUCUGCACAACGACCAGUUUUCAGCAGCUUCGGACGAGGCGUGCGUGUCUGAGGCUGAUGGGAAGGUGAUGACAGACGCAGACAUGGAGCAUCCGUCGCAGGGAUCGUCCGGAGCGAACGCCUCUCUCUCUCCUCCGACGCUCAGUCCCUCCAUCCCUCCGUUCGUCAAGCUGGGCCUGACCCUGGCCUACACCGUCUUCUACUCGCUGCUGUUCUCCUUCAUCUACGCUCAGCUGUGGCUGGUGCUGCGCUACAGACACAAGCGCUUCAGCUACCAGACGGCGUUCCUGUUCCUGUGUCUGCUGUGGGCGGCUCUGCGUGCGCUGCUCUUCUCCUUCUACUUCAGAGACUGUGUGACGGCCAACGCUCUCGGACCCUUCUCCUUCUGGCUGCUCUACUGCUUCCCCGUCUGCCUGCAGUUCUUCACCCUCAGCCUCAUGAACCUCUACUGCGCUCAGGUUUUCUUCAAGGCCAAGUCGAAGUUCUCUCCUCAGCUGCUGAAGUAUAAGCUUCCUCUCUAUCUGCUGUUCUUCAGCGUGAGUCUGCUGUUUCUUCUGGUCAAUCUGACCUGUGCUCUUCUGGUGAAGACCAGCCUCGCUGAGGUCAAGAGCGUCGUUCUGGUGCGUGUGGCCAUCAACGACUCGCUCUUCGUCCUCUGCGCCGUCUCACUCGCCGUCUGUCUCUACAAGAUCGCCAAGAUGUCGCUCGCCAGCAUCUACCUGGAGACCAAGGGCACGUCUGUGUGUCAGGUGACUCUGAUCGGGCUGAUGGUGAUCCUGCUGUACGCCUCGCGAGCUUGUUAUAAUCUGGUGGUUCUGGCUCUGAGCGACAUCGAGAGCAUCGACUCGUUCGAUUACGACUGGUAUAACGUGUCGGAUCAGGCGGAUCUGCGCUCCAGUCUGGGAGACGCCGGUUACAUCGUGUUCGGUGUGAUUCUGUUCGUCUGGGAGCUGCUGCCCACGUCUCUCGUCGUCUUCUUUUUCCGGGUGCGGAAGCCGGCCCAGGACCGGAGCGGUUCUGUGAUUCCCAGCCAUGUCUUUUCCAAUCGGCCGUACUUCUUCGACAAUCCCAGACGCUACGAUAGCGACGAUGAUUUAGCCUGGACUUCCCAUCCGGUGACCGCCUCGACCAGUUUGUCGACGGAUGGCUUCGACUGGAGCAGCAGCAGCUUCCUGGUCCAUCUGGGAGGAGAUGAGCCGCGGUCGUCAUCGGCAACCGUGGGACUCAACCGCUAACGAUGCUACAGCGAUACAGCUCAGCACUUUAAACACACACACAGACACACACACACACACUUACACUAAUGGACACGAUGCUCUGUAAGUGUGAGUCACCAUGGCAACUGAGUCCAGAGCAGUGCUCAUCGUCAUGGCGACCGCGGUCAGAGUGAUGAAGCUUCUAAACGAGGCUGUGUUCAGAAUGACACACAAGAUAUUUCACAAUAUUUCUACUUUACGUUUUAAUUUGUGUUCCACUGCACGCUGCACAACAGAGCAAACACACUCUUGCAAAUCCUGGAGUUUGAUCUAAACUAAAAAGUGCAGCAGAGUUUGUUAGAUCACCUUCUGAACACAGACUUGUGCUGAGCGUCUGUUUAGAUUCACAACAUGAUCACAUCUCCAUUGUGAUUCCAGUAGUUCCAAUCAGAAUUAUGAAAUAAUGUGUAAGGCAUGCAUUUCUGUUAUUUCAUGUGUUUCUCUUUAGCUGUUGUAAGUUGUCCACUAAGGGUGAAAUGACACAAUAUCUUUAUAUUUAUGAUAAUAACACUGUAAAUACACUGAUCAUGUGAUUCUCAUUUGUUGAUUUGUGAUGAGGAUGAUGUUCAUCACCUUCCACAAAAAUAAAUAAUCUGCUGUUCAAAUAA